AUGAUGAUAAUAAUCUUCCAUUUACUUCAUGAAGAUUCAAAAAAACCGUUGAACUUCUUAAAUGAACAAUUAAAAUAUGACAAUAAUUAUAAGAGAAGAAAAAGAAAUCUAAAAACAAAGUGUACAAAUGUAAGACAAAAAAAUAUUAAGAAAGAUUAUAUUUUGUUUUUCGUGUUUCUUGUUUUUGCAUUCGCAAAGUGA